UAAUCAGAUUAAUUUAAAUCAAGUUUCGGGAGAAAAUUUAAAAAAUACUGAAAUAAAAUCUGAUAUAAAUACUGGAAUAAAUACUGAAAUAAAUACUAAAAUAAAUCCUGAAAUAAAUGUUAGACUUGUUGGAAUUAAAGAAACUUCUCCAUUAUUUGAAAAUGGAGCUGAAAUUUCAGAAAAUAUACAAAACGAAGAAGCGGUUGCAUUAAAUCUGUUUGGUCAAAAAAUAAAAUCAAAUUCUCCGUCGAAAUUAAUAGAAAGUACAAAGAAUUUAAUCUCUGAAAUGGAUGUAUUAAAUAUAAAUGAUGCUGCAGAUGUAGAAGAUUCAUCGUCACGUGUAAACGAAAUAAAACAGGAUUCUACAAAACAAAAUUUAGUAAUACAAAAUUCUCAUUUUUCUUUGGAUGGAUCACAAAUUAACGCAGAAAAAUAUGUUUCUGUAUCUUCAACAACCCCGGCUAAUUUAUUGGAUAAUAAUAAUAAUGUUAUCACUCCGUUGAGUUUAUUAAGUAAUCCAAUUAUAGUUGAAGAUUUUACAUCAACUGGUAAUGGAAAUUUAAACGAGGAAGAGAAUAGAAUGGAAGUAAAAGAAAUAAAUGAAAUUAAAAAUGUUAAAGAAAGUAAUGAAAAGGAAGAAGUUGUGGUAACACCUCGACCGGGAACGAAAUUUUUAGCGCCUAUAACUGCAGGGGUUCAACUUCAAAAUGUCGAAAAUACUCCUGCAAAACAAAAAAUUUUAGUGGAAAUUCAAGAAAGUAUUCCUUAUUAUGUUGGGAAGUACGAGUAUGCGCACAGUGGGGAAGAAGAAGCAAUUUCAGCGUUAGAUCAUUAUAAAUUAGGAGCUUCAUUAAUUUCUUUUCCUAUAACAGAUGAGCGAAAAUUUGUAAGGCAAAAAUUAAAUGAACAUAAACAUAUAGAACAACAAUUAAUAGAGCAAAAAUUAUCUGAACAAAAAUUAGUACAACAAAAGUUGGCGGAACAAAAAUUCUUGGAACAAAAAUUGGCAGAACAAAAAUUGUUGGAACAAAACUUAUCUGGUCAUAAAUUAAGAGAACAACUAAAAGAAUCUAAAGGUGUAUUAACAAAUGUUUUGGAUCAACAAGAAGAACAAGGAAGUGUUCAUAAUGUUCAAGUUACUAAACAAGAACAAUUUGUUGAAGAAUUACCUAAGCCUUUAACAAUUCAAAAACCGUUAAUUCAAAAUCAAAAUAGUUUACCACUUACUAAAUAUAUAGAUAGGCCUUAUCCUGUUCAUGUUCCUUAUCCAGUUGAAACAGUUGUUGAAAAGUAUAUAAAUAGACCUUACCCAGUACACGUUCCAGUUCAUAUUCCUGUAACGAUAGAAAAACAAGUGCGAGUUCCAUAUCCAGUUGAAAAAAUUAUUGAAAAACCUGUUGAAACAAUCGUAGAAAAACCUAUACCUCAACCAUACCCAGUUGAAAAAAUUAUUGAGAAACCAGUUCCUGUAGAAAUAACGAAAUUUGUUGAUAGACCUUAUCCAGUUCAAAUUGGUAUACCUCAACCUUAUCCUGUUGAAACAAUAGUUGAAAAAGUAGUUAAUAAACCAUACCCGGUAGCUGUUCAAGUUCCGGUUUUAAUACCGCAAGUUCAAGAAACAAAAUUAACCAAUGUACAAGUUCCUGUAGCUCAAGCUUAUCAUUAUUUACCACAAACCGAAUCAAGUAACCAACAAUCACAAAAAGUUAAACAAUAUUUUUAUAGUAAACCGUUUGUUUAUGUAAGUAGUUAUCAGAAUUUACCUAAAAAUCAUCAACCUGCGCAAGAAAAUAGGCUACAUCUUAAUUACGCUAAUCCAAACUCUAAUAAUUUACCAAACCAAUUUACUUCAUCGAACACAAUAGCAAAUCAAUACAUAAUAACGCCACAAAAUUAUAACGGACAACAUGUUGGGUGGAACUUACAAACUGUUAAGUGUAAUAAAAAUGUUGAUCAAAAUGAGUACAUUGGGUUAGUUCCACCGAAAGAUCCUUCAUUGUCACAUCGUUCUAAAAAAAGACAAGCAAAACAAGGUUUUGAAAGUCCGAGAAUGGAGUAUGGAUUUUUACCUCCGUUGAUACCUUCACAAGAAAUCGACGAACAAGGAAGACCAAUCAACAGUUAGUUUUCUUCUUAUUUUGACCCAUUAGAAAUUUUGGUGCACGCUAAUUUUAGUGCCAUUAAGUAUAAAUUAAGGUUAAACCUCUUGAGUAGUAUAAGACAUCAAUGUUUUUUUGGUAGGGAAAAUAAUUUGUUUCUUUCACAAAGUUCUAAGAAAAAAGUCUUUGUAAUUGUGAUUUAUUUAUUAUUGUCUGUUUUUUAAAUAAAUAAUGAGUUUGUUUUUA